AUGGAGGAGGAGGACAAGGAACACGAAGAAGAAGAAGAAGAAGAAGAAGAGACGACGAUGGGGAAAAGCACGAGGACGAACAUUAAUAGUAACAAUACUAAAAUGGGAAACUGUCGAAUGUGUGAAGAAGAGGAAACAACAACAACAGUUGGUGAAGGAAAAUAUCGCUGUCCGAAAUGUCUCCUCAUCUCGUGUUCGUUAAAGUGCAUCAACAAACACAAAGAAAAGUUCAACUGCGAUGGAAAACGAGACCGCUUUCAGUUUGUGAACUUGAAAGAGAUGGAAGAUAAACACGUGACUUCGGACUUUCGCUUUUUGGAGGAAGCGACGGAGGUUUUAGACCGAGCGAAGAGGAAACGAACGCUGAUUAGUAGCAAGAACAAGAACGGACAGAGCAACAACAACAACAACAAUAAUAAUAAUAAAAGGAAACGCAACAGUAACAACAAGAAGAGGAAAAGCAACAACAAUAAAACAAACAACAACAAUUUAGAGUCAGAACCAACAAGAGUAGUCGUAGGAGUAGCACCAGCAGUGAAAUAG